ACGCUCAUCAGUAAGCACCACGACUUGCCUCAGGCUCGCCCUUUGCCUCCAUCCACUCUGCGACUUGCAUCACCUUAAAACAUCAGCAGACUAUAAAGGAGAACGGUCACCUUAAGUCCAUCUGAUGUUACGUGUACGGCGUCAAUGCAUCGCUGUCAAACUGGAACCCAACUGCACCCGUUGGAAAGGAUUCCUAGUAUCGAAACGAGUAUCUUCUCAUCAGUCGUUCCAGUGAUGUCAUUUCUGCACUAGUUCCCCCACUUCCGCUCGCUCUGGCACUGUCAGUGACGAAUCAGGCUGAACGCGAACGUUAAUUUGAACAUUUAAACACUGCCACCUGCUAUACAUUGCAAAGCUCAAACAUAUUUCGGCGAUGGCUUGAUGCCUGGAAUGAUCAUUUCAUAAUCCAUCAGCGGGAAGCAUGACUCACUGACAGCGCUCUUAUACGCUCAAAAGCAUUAUCACUUUGAACCCUUCCCGCCUCUGUCCUAUCAGCCGAGAAGUGACCGUAACCAAUUCCAACUCCUAUGGGGCUGGCCAACCCAGGCGAAACGAUGCCCCUAGAGGGUAGUGACACUCUUUUACCACUCGAAGCACAUCUGACGCUUUCGGGAGUCAUUAUUGGACCCAUGGUUAUUAUUGGGCUUCAAUUCUUGUUAUAUGGUUUUUACAUCAUGGUCUUCGCCGUCUGCAUGAUGGUCCUCAAACGACGAAACAAAUCUCCUCAGCGAAUAUUCCACUUCACAUCGAUGAUAUCCCUAUUCGUACUGGCGACACUUGGUCUUGUAAUCAAUACCGCUCUGGCCGUCAUGCAAGCUGCGAGUUACUUUUAUCAAUGGGCUGGCAAGGACAACAUGGUGUCUGAGCCUAUGAUGCUGAGCAUUACUCGGGUGUUUCCGCGGGUUAUGAUUGCGACGACUGUUUUGACGAUGCUAGCUAAUGUCCUGGCAGAUGUUGUCUUGGUAUUCCGGUGCUAUGUAUUAUGGGACUCCCGGAAGAGCAUGAUAAUCGUUCCAACCACUGCUUGUGUUCUCUCCAAUGCGAUAGGUAUUGUCUCGAUGGCUAUAACGGAUUCCGCACACUUGAGCCCGGGCUUCGCGCUCGCUGAAUUGGGAGGCAAAGCAACAUAUCUCCAGGAUGCAUACUACAUCAUGAAUGCGUUGAUUAACAUCGUGUUGACAUCGAUGGUCGCCAGGAAAAUAUGGUUGUCGGGGGAGACUCAUUCCCAAUGGCAUGUGACUACGGCACGAUCGUUGAAGAAACGAUACUCUUCGAUCUCUUCGAUUAUCUUACAAUCGGGACUGAUUUACCCGCUGAUCCUAGUCCUAUCUGUCCCUUUCACUCUUUGUCCUUCGCUAGCGGGGUGGGAUGUGUAUCCUCUGUUAAUUCAGGUCGCGGGAAUCUGUCCUACUCUGAUGAUCGUUCGAGUUUGGCUCGGAUUCGGUGGCAUUGCAGGGACACAGUCCAGCUCUGGGAGUUUCACUUUGAACGUUAGUACUGCCAGUGAAGGGUCGUGGCGUUCGGUUUGAAGGCUAUGUUCAACUUCAAAACCUUUGGGGAAGGGUCCCUUCCAUAGCUAGUCAAUCCCGCACUUACCUACGGUUUUAUACCUAAGUGCAUGGUUAAAUGCGACGCCUGCCGACUACUGUCGAGUUCUUCUGACUUCACAUCUUCGGAUUUUACGACAUAUCGCUUUUGAUAUUGAUUUGCUGUAUGUUAAUCGUUUUUGAUUCCUUCACUGACCGCUUUCAUUUACCCGUAUACCUUCACCCCCUCCCCACUCUUUCGUGCUAUACUUAAGUCCGAUUGCAAGUCGAAUGUAAAUUGAAAUCGGAAUGAAAAGUUGGGAAUAUACC